CUCCAGCAGCGGCUCGCGAGCUCAGCGGGCUUCUCGCGCUCCGCCUGUCCGCCUGUUCUGUCUCUCCUGUCUCUCGUCGCUCUUCAAGUUGGCGCACCGCGACGUGAGGAGAAGCGCUUCCCGCACGGGCUCAUCAUGUUUUAAUUUAUUUUACUUUCAAUGAAAGUGCGGAGGCCACAUGGCGACUUUGUGGCUCGGAGCGGCUGACGUCGUGGGCGCUGCCCGAGUCCGAGCUCUGUAAAAUCGGCCGCCGUGACAGCUUUCUUGAGGCGCUGGGCAGUACUGUAAACGGGAGUCAUGUACAGCCCCAAGGAGCUCGAAGGAGAAGUGGACCAUUCCUUCUUUGACAGCGACCGCGAGGAAAGUGCAGACGCGAGUGACCACCAGAAUGUCCACACUGGAGACGACAGCCUUAAAGGAGGACCGUCUGAGGCUGAAGGGGGAGGUGAGAGGAAGGAGGAUUCAUCCCUGACAGAAGACCCAAAGAAGGGCUCGCAUGCAGCCUCCCUGCCGUCCUGCCCUCAACGAUCGGAGGAUGAUGGGAGCGAAUCGGAACAGGCCCCCGGCCACGGUGCCCUGCCCGCAGCUGAGUCUGGCUCCUCUUCAGAUGAGCAGGAGGAGGACAAUGAGGUGGAGGAGGACAGCUAUGACCUCAGUGAAGCCAAGGAAGAGAGUGAAGGAGAUUGGGAGGAGAAGCCAACCAGGUGUCCGGUGCCAGGCCGUUGCCUUACCAGAAGGUCCAGCGGGAAGUUCAGAAGCCACCGCUCACCAUCCUCAUCUGGCUCCGAGAGCUCCCACAGUGAAUCUGGGAGCCACGGCUCAGAACCGGUAUCCCCACGAAGGAAGCUAACGUUGAGCCGGUUCUCCUCAUCUCCUCGACACCAACCUAAGCUGGCCACCGCGACGCACAGAGAGAAGCAGUGUCCCUCGGGGGAGUCAGACGAUACGGUGACAGACGUGACCCCCUUGUCUACGCCGGACAGCAGCCCCGUCCAGUCUUUCGACAUGACCCCAGCUUUCAUGAGUUUGGAAAAGAAGAUGAGUGACCUCCACAUCGACCAUCCUGGCCAUCGGGUCCGGAAGAACUACUCCUUCAGCAAUGAGGAGGUGCGCCGCAUUGACCGGGAGAACCAGAGGCUUCUUCGCGAGCUGUCCCGCCCAGCGUCCAGGCCCAAAUCCAUGUCUGGGCGUGGCUCUGGGUCCGGGUCUGUGUGUAGCAGCAGCCUGAGGAAGCCUGGCAGUCCCCCAGUCCGCCUGUACCACAGUGCCCUCAACCGACAGCGGGAGCAGCAGAGGAUCGAGAGGGAAAACCUGGCUUUACUGAAGAGGCUGGAGUCCGUGAAACCCACAGCAGGCAUGAGGAGGACGGAGCAGCUGGCUGACUAUCAGCGUCAAGCAAGGUACCUGGGCGCCCCUCCUCCUCCUCCCACUGUGAUGGACAAACCACCCUUCAUCAGGAGCCCUGCAGUAGGGAGCAGCUCCAGCCGGUGCAAUGCUUCUGGCCUUCGUAAGGUCCGACCAGACUGUAGUGUGUCCCCCAGCACGCCCAAGUCCAGAAGGGGGACAGAACGCAGGGCAGCUUGGUCCUGAGAGCUGCUCCACUGAGUUCGCGUGUUUGGGUGUGCGAGUGUGUGUACAUGUCUGUGCUUUUAUGCUACGUGAAAAAGCCUGGCAAUCAGUGACCAAACCAGUGUGUCAAGUUCACAUGUCGUAAAUGACCUGCAUGGAAAAACCCUGCUCGGUCAUGCCGCGGUCUGUGGCGAAAAGUGAAGUCCAAGCUCUGGCUCAGGACUACAUUUCCCAUCAGUGCCGCCGUGCAGCGCAUUCUUUGUAGGUUGGUGAGUGUCAGGAGACAUUCUCCUCCCAUCAUCUUUAAUAGUAGCAGUGGAGCAGUGUUUGGACUCGGUCCUCCUAGGCUCCUGCAGAGGAUGGGUACUGGUCAUGUAAGACUUCAGUGUCCAAAGGAAAAACAAACAUUCCCACUCGAGUUCAGUCUGCUGUGGCUAUCAGUGAGCAGAGUACUCUCUGUGAGUCCGUUUGUGACUUUGCUGUAUUAGUGAGCUGGUGCAAAAGUGUCCGUGUUGCAAACUUGUGCACUACAAUGCUAAUUACUGUCCAAAGUACCGUGCCUGAAAAUUCAGUGAGUGCAGUGUGUCCAUCUGGAGCUAAUAGGACAUUGCAUUUUAGAUUGUGCCUUGUGUACCAUUAUAUUUUUCAAUAAAUAUGCUUUAUCUGGAUAUACAAAACAUGUUAUGCUUGAUUUUCUGAGCAACUUAGUAAGUGCACUGAGAUGUUAUAAUAGUGCAGGAUGUGACUGGACCCUAUGAGAUCACCAGGUAUAUGGAUAAUGCCCAUGUUCACCAAACAACGAGACCCUUGUGGUUUACUACCUGCUUCCCAGGUAGCAACCUUGCCCAUUAGUCCUUAACCUCAGGCUUUUGCCCAAUUUGCUGUCACCUCCUGAACAGAAACCUAUAGCACUACCCAGAGGUCAGGAGGACUAAGGACAGACGUAAACCACCUUCCUAGAGAGGCAAGUUGCCAUUACACUACCGCGCUGCUUCGGUGCUUGUGUGUUGAAGACAGCAAUUUCACAUUGUGAUGUAAAGUUUAGAGAAAUAGACAAACCGGCAGAGUUGAGGUAUUUUUUAUUUUAACUUAUUAAAUAUACGAGGUUGGCGACACCACAACAAAAAACCUACACUGUACAGGCACUGCGAUCGUAAAUGUUAUAUUGGACAGUUGUAUUGUUCUGUUGAAAUUUCAUCAAAACGUGCUUAGUUAUUGA